CGGCAACGUUCAGCGUUGCCUUCGCGCAGUGAUUCAUCGAGCAUCCCUGAGUCGUGUCGCCUUUUGAUCAGCUAUACGGCCUCCCUUUGUGCUCGUCAAGGGAUGCGCAGAGCAGCAGCCAAGACCAUGACGCGCAAACGAUCCCCUGAUGUCCCUGCAUGCUGCGCACGAGCCCAUAAUCUCGUUGUGCAUUGAUUUGCCAGAUUCACCCUCGUCUACCCUCACGACACUCAGACCUAUAAAUGGCAGAGCAGAGCAUCAACAUACCACACAAGCGCUCUGUUCAUAAACAUCAACAACAUGCUCUGCUGCAAACUCUCUGCCCUCGCUGUUCUGCUUGCUUCAGGCGCAAUGGCCGCACCCAUUGACCCUACAGCCGAUAUCGCGACCGGCGGGGUCGUUGGCGGUAGCGCUGCCUCUGCUGGUAUAGCCGGCACGACCCUGGGUGGACUCGGUGGCGCAGGCGUUUCCGGCGCCGGUAUUGGGGCCGGAGUCGGUGCUGGCGCAGGCGUUGGUGCAGGUCUUGGCGCGGGUAUUGGCGCAGGUUUACUUGGCAGCGGCUUGCUUGGCGUCGGCGGUCUGAAUGCCGGUGGAGGACUUCAAGGCGGCCUCUUCUUGCCACCCGCCCUGAUUCCACUGAUUCUACCCUUCCUCAAUGCGGGUGCGGCUGGCGGACAGCAAUCAUCAGGCUCGGCGGGCGCAACGAUCUCGCCAUUCGGUGCAGCUGCUGGUGUCUCUGGUGAGCAAUCGUCAGGCGGUGCAGCUGGUGUAUCGAUAAUCUAA